GGAGAGCAGAGACACUCUUCAUCUGUCUGCCAGGAGGAAGAAGGAGUGCCGGCGUGGAGUGCUGAGUAAAAGUAAAGCAUCACUUCCRUUCAGUAAAACCUGAAGUCGUGAAUAUCUGACCUCACAAGAUGUCUAAAGGACCAGCAGUAGGAAUUGACCUGGGCACCACCUACUCAUGUGUUGGAAUCUUCCAGCAUGGCAAAGUGGAGAUUAUUGCCAACGACCAAGGAAACAGGACCACGCCUAGUUAUGUGGCUUUUACAGACACAGAGAGACUUAUCGGAGAUGCUGCCAAGAACCAGGUGGCCAUGAAUCCAUCCAACACUGUAUUUGAUGCCAAGCGUCUGAUUGGUCGCAAGUUUGACGAUCCUGUGGUGCAAGCUGACAUGAAACACUGGCCCUUCAAGGUUAUUAAUGACUCCACAAAACCCAAGAUGGAGGUUGAAUAUAAGGGUGAGAUCAAGACCUUCUAUCCCGAGGAGAUUUCCUCAAUGGUCCUCACCAAAAUGAAAGAGAUCUCUGAAGCUUAUCUUGGAAAGCCUGUGACCAAUGCAGUUAUAACAGUUCCUGCUUACUUCAAUGACUCCCAGCGCCAAGCCACCAAAGAUGCUGGAACAAUCUCUGGUCUCAAUGUGCUGCGUAUCAUUAAUGAACCCACAGCCGCUGCCAUUGCUUACGGCCUGGACAAAAAGGUUGGAGGUGAGCGCAAUGUCCUCAUCUUCGAUCUUGGAGGUGGUACUUUCGAUGUGUCGAUCCUGACGAUCGAGGACGGUAUAUUUGAAGUCAAGGCCACAGCAGGUGACACACACUUGGGCGGUGAGGACUUUGACAACCGUAUGGUCAACCACUUUGUCGCCGAGUUCAAGCGCAAGUUCAAGAAGGACAUCAUCAACAACAAGCGGGCCGUGCGUCGUCUGCGCACAGCUUGCGAGCGUGCAAAGCGCACCCUCUCCAGCAGCACCCAGGCCAGCAUUGAGAUCGACUCGCUCUUCGAAGGCACGGACUUCUACACCUCCAUCACCAGAGCUCGUUUUGAAGAGCUCAACGCGGACCUGUUCCGUGGAACGCUCGAGCCCGUAGAGAAGGCCCUGAGAGAUGCCAAGAUGGACAAAUCCCAGAUCCACGACAUUGUCCUGGUGGGUGGAUCCACACGUAUCCCCAAGAUCCAAAAGCUUCUGCAAGACUUCUUCAAUGGUCGCGACCUAAACAAGAGCAUCAACCCAGAUGAGGCUGUGGCAUACGGAGCAGCUGUACAGGCAGCCAUCUUGGCCGGUGAUAAGUCUGAGAAUGUCCAGGACCUGCUCCUGCUGGACGUCACACCCCUGUCCCUGGGAAUUGAAACAGCUGGAGGAGUGAUGACUGUCCUUAUCAAAAGGAACACCACCAUCCCGACCAAACAAACCCAGACCUUUACCACCUACUCAGACAACCAACCUGGUGUGCUCAUUCAGGUCUAUGAAGGUGAAAGAGCCAUGACUAAGGACAAUAACAUCCUGGGGAAAUUUGAACUGACCGGUAUUCCACCUGCUCCCAGAGGCGUCCCUCAGAUUGAGGUGACCUUUGACAUUGAUGCCAAUGGUAUCCUCAAUGUGUCCGCAGUGGACAAAAGCACAGGAAAGGAGAACAAAAUCACCAUCACCAAUGACAAAGGGCGGCUGAGCAAGGAGGACAUCGAGCGCAUGGUGCAAGAAGCAGAGCAGUUCAAGUCUGAGGAUGAAGCUCAAAGGGACAAAAUCACAGCCAAAAAUUCCCUCGAGUCUUUGGCCUUCAACAUGAAGAGCACUGUAGAAGACGAGAAGCUCCAGGAUAAGAUCAGCCCCGAGGACAAAAAGACUAUCGUGGACAAGUGCAAUGAAGUGAUUUCAUGGCUGGAUAAAAACCAGACGGCCGAGAAGGAAGAGUACGAACACCAACAGAAGGAACUCGAGAAAGUGUGCAACCCCAUCAUCUCCAAGCUGUACCAGGGUGGUAUGCCCGGGGGAAUGCCCGGAGGAAUGCCUGGUGGCUUUCCCGGCGGAGCGGGUGCUGGAGCCAGUUCUUCUUCUGGCCCAACUAUCGAGGAGGUUGACUAAACAGAACCUGUUUAUCUCAUCGAUAUUAACCACAUACAUUCAAUCUUAUAUAGUAGUUGUCCCAAGCAUGUUUUAUUCACCAAAAGAGAUUUUCUGUAACUGUUAGACCACAAAGCUAUCUUUUCUUGAAUUCUCGCACGACUUCUUAGAAAUUUAACUUAAAAAUUAAUUUGCAGUAAUUCUUUUAGUUUUCCACUUGUAAUCUGCACAACCACUCUCAAAAAGGGAUGCUUAAACUAUUACUGAGUCAUAAAAUCAAUAAAGGCUCUCUAAUGUAA